UGCUCCGACCUGAGAGGAUGUUCAGACAGUUCAGUUAGUUUAGUUCAGUCCGAUUCAGACUAGUGAACAGAAUCACGAUAGAACAUAAAAGCAUUACACGUUUCGUGAGAAUUUGCGAAAAGGGGACGUCAUGAAGAUAUCACGGCACAAGAAGGUGCACAAACAUCUCAGUUUCUUUGUCAAUAAUUUUCAAUUCCGACAACCGUAUCAGGUUCUUGUUGAUGGUACAUUCUCAUUUGCAGCUCUUCAGAAUAAAUUAAAUAUACAAGAUCAGUUGCCAAAGUAUUUUCAAGCCAGCGUUAAACUACUAACAACGCAAUGUGUUAUACUAGAAACAGAGAAAUUAGGGCCAAAGGUUUUUGGUGCAAUGCUUAUCGUUAAACAGUUCGCUGUGCAUAAAUGUGGUCAUGACAGAGAGCCUGUCACAGGUUCUAAGUGCUUGCGCUCAAUGAUUGGCAAAAAUAAUUCCCACAGAUAUAUAGUAGCAACUCAGGAUCGAGAGCUCCAGGAAAGCGUUAGAAAGGUUCCUGGAGUACCCCUCAUUUAUUUGCAUCAAAAAGCUCCUACACUUGAGCAACCAUCUUUAGCUAGUCAGAAACAAGCAUUAAAGUACCGAACUACAGUAGGAAUGAAUGCGCAACAAGCAGAAACGAUAGCAUUGUUAAAAAAGCAAUCCGGUUUGGCAGAAGAAAACAGCGAACCUCUGCUGAAAAAGAAAAGAAAAAAAAGUGGUCCGAAUCCUUUGAGUUGCAAGAAGCGGAAGAAAGUUGUACCAAAGCAAACAGAAAACACCAACAAAUCUGGCAAAGUUCGGAAAAGAAAAAAAAUAAAAGUUCCCCAACACGUAAAAGAAGCUUUGAGAGAUGAAAGCGCAGAGCAAUAAUUGAAGCAAUUUGACAUGUUUGGGUAAAUUACAACCUCUAAAUUUAUAAUAUAGAGGAGUAUCUACAACGAAGAAAGUUGCUAUGGGCCGUUUUAAGAAGUGACUGAUUUUUCUAAGUACGUGCAUUAGCUUCAUACAUACCUAAAUUUGAAAAAAAUUCCAACUCAGAUGUACGAAAUGAAAUUUAUUAUCUAAUAUUUAUAAUAGAUUUACAUUUAAUAAGAAUAAAGUAUUUAGUUCCGACUAAAUUGUCAUAAUUUUUUUUCUGACCUUAUACAAGUAAUAGUUUUUGGGCAGUUAUCUCGUUAAUAGUUAGGAAUUAGAGAUUAAUUUUAUGUAAGUAAAUUAUAAGAUAUUUAAUGACAAUAACGCGUUUGGAAGGUAUUGGAUUUAUCCUUUUCUUAAAUUCUACCAUCGGCUACGACGCAUUGUAGUUAACGUUCCAGGUAAUAUUAUUAUUCAAUUAACAUUAUUGCACUGGAAUAUCUGCAUCAUAUAUAGUAAUUUAAUCAUAGUAUUGAGUAGUGUGAAAGAUUCGUAUUUUGAUGCUUAAAUCUAUGUAGAAUACGAAACAUUCUACAAAAACGGAAAUCAAAUUAUUUUAAGCAAGCAGAUAGAAUAAUAGCGAUAUCUGGAUGAU